GGUAUUACCACUUCCGGAACCAGACGUUUCAGCUACUUCUAAGGCGCAGUAUAAACCAAGAUGUAAUUCAAAUUGGACGUUCAUUGUGCAUACGGACCUUCUAUUACCGGAACUACAUCAUUCUACAAUAUGAACGAAAAUAGGAACUUCUUAUCUGGACCAGGACAGCAAGACGUAUACUAUUAAAUACCUCUUGGCAAAUGAUUGUGGGAUCAACAACCGUUGUCUUAGUAACACAGGGACGCCGUAGCAAGCAGAGACUGCGUUGCAAAAGAGUUCCCAGUGUGUGACCGCUGGCGAUGAUGGCUGAAACUCGAGUGAUUCCCAGCGGAAAGGUUUACCGACAGAUGUUUGACGCCCAGGUUCAGUUGUCCAGGACUUUACAUGACACUCGGAGGAGACGUGCAGCUAAUGAGGUGUCCGUGCAGAGCGACAACGCCCCGACAGCCCGUGACACUGACACUGUUCAGAGGAUCAGGGAUCAGCUGUCUUCAGGUGCGAGGCCCCUUCAGGAAAGCGAGGAGGAGAAUGUGGAAGAAGAGGUUCGAGGCCUGCCAGAUACCGUUGUGGUGGAGAAGCUGGGCUCUGACAUCAUUGAGCGGCUUGCAGAGAGGAAAGAGAGGAGUCACGAAGAAAUGAUUGCCCAGCUGCACCAGGACCUUGCUGCACUCAGCUUUGAGUGUGAGUCUUUCCUGAGAAAGACAGCAGAUGAACUCCUGUGCAGACUUUUAGAGUCUAUUGAGAACGCGGACAGGCUGAUGCAGAGGAUGAACAGUGACUCUGAACUGAACAUGCUCACUUUUCAGGAUCUGCAGGAGCUUUGGGACUCUGUGCAGCAGGGGUCAAAGAUGAGGAGGAAACAGAUCCGAGAUCUGGAUGCAGAGCUGACCCAGCGCGAAUCGGAGAGAAUGGCCAUGAUUGCAGUGAUACUGAAAACUUGCACUUCAUCCCUGGAGACAAUUGGACACAUGGCAGCAUAUGACGUUCACAGGCUGAUUGACAGUGAAGCCAUGAUGAUAAACCAGGCAUCCCUAGCCAACCGACGCGCUCUGGCCAGACUCUGUCUGAACCUGACAGAGAAGGACCUGCAGGGAACACUAUCUCACAGGCAGUGCUGGGAGGACAGGCUGCAGGACUGGAAGAUCAUCAAGGUCCGCGCCGCAGUCAAUAGGUUCAGGGAUUUCAUGAGCAGUCCACAGAUCCAGACCCCCAGGGAGGUACAGACCACACUUGACACCUUACAAAUGGAGCAGAAGAUGUUGAGCGAGAGGCGCGUUGAGAUCCUGCAGUCACUCAGUUCCAUGGUGCCUCCCAAGUGCUCCAAAGCAUUGGCUGCUGAGUGGUACUCAUCUCUCUCUUCUGUCAACGAACAGAUAGAUUCCCUUCACAUUCAUUUGAUGAUUAAACUGCGCUUGUACUAUGAACAAACCUAUCAAGGCUGCUUUGAGGAAGUUGACAGAUUUAAGGAAGAAGUAGUUGGAUAUGGGCUUCCACCGGAGGAGAUCCAGAGCAUUGUCAGUAGUGAGCUCCUGCCAGUGAUUGGUCAGUGCCAGAGCCAAUCAGAGGAGCGGCUAGAAGCCAUGGAUAGAGCAUUUGAGUCUUUGGCUAAGAGGGUUGGUGCACUGAGUAAGGCUCUGUUUAGGUUUGCCCAAGGGUCAAUGCACAUGUGGGAGGUGCACAUUGCCAGGCUGCAGAGGCAAGAGCAGAAGCUACAGGAACAGAUGGAGGAGCUAGCGCAUACCCAUGAGCUGAGAAACCAGACGAAAGAAGCUGAACUGGAUAUGAUGCUAGACCGGCUCAGACAGGAGAGCUCAGAAAACACCCUCCGAAUUUCACUGGACAAAGCUCUCCAUCUCCUGGAGGAAAUCAAGAAUGGAUAUAUUACCUCACACAAGGAAGAGGUGGAUACUGUAGAGAAGUACCCUGCCUCGGUGCUGAAGGAGAUGCAGACAUACAGCAAGGCUGUUAGUGGAUACUUCAAGGUCAAAGAGAUAUAUUGUCAGGGCGCUGAAAAUCUCUUCAGCCAAUUCCCUUUUAUUGACCUUGAUAUACUCAGGAAUGUCCUUGAGGAGAGAAGAGGACAGUGCCAUGGAGUCGAGGACCUGACAGGCUCAUCCUCUGAGCUGCUCAUUGCAGAGGAUAACACUGACUCCCCUGAAGAGCUUUAUGAUUCUCCAAAUGAGACCUUCACGACGUCGAGAGGAAAUUUGUACAAUGCACAAAGUUUUAGGGUGCAGUGGGAGGCAGAUGGAGAGCAGGUGCUGAACCUCUCCGAGGUGCAACUGGUGGCAUUCCCAGAAAGACUUCUGGUUGAACUUCAGAGAGAUGUUCGUGUGGCAUACUUCAUUCACUUAGAGGACUGGUAUCAGAUGGCACUAUUCAAUGCUCUGAACAUUGUGGCAGCCAAGAGGGAGGAGCUGAAAUCUGGGCUGGAUCUGCGACUGCAACUCCAGCAGUCCCGGGCCAAGAGGAUUGAGGUGGACAUUCACAAUGUCCGUGCAGAGGAGCUGAUACUGCAUCGCGACCAUGUGGACAGAUACUGCAAGGGCGUACAUGAUACCUUGUGUGAGAUUCGAACCUGCGCCCAGGAUCUGCAGCUCCGUCAGCAGGAGCAAACGGAGGACUUUCGGACACAAAUUCACGCAAUGAAGGAUGUCUUUACCUCUGCCACCAAGUCUGACAAAUUAGCUGGACUGUGCAGCUCGCUACAGUCCCACCUGGAGAAGCACAUGACUGUGGUCCAGAAAUCACAGAGGAGCUUCAGACAGGAGGCAGAGUUGACACUGGGAACGUUAAGGGAAGCCAACGCCCAGUUCAUCAAAUCCCUCCAGUUGUUUUCAGAUGGGGGGAACUACACUCCUGAGGAGAUUGAGGUGUUUCAGAAACGUCUGGAGAAACUGGCCAAGUGCAUCGACUCCACGGACGAGGCUAUCACAUUAGACAUGGAAGGCACAGAAUCCAGGUGUCUUGAGCAGGCUAAAGAAAUAAUUGGUAUGUUUGAGGAGAAGUUCCAGUUUCUGACAGUGGAUUUGAAGUUCCUGGAGAAAAUUCAGAGAAUACUCACCAACACGCAGGUCCAGAUUAAGACAGAGGUUACAAAGAGCAACAUGCAGAAGAAGAACCUGGAUGACAUGCUGAUGCAGUUAGAGAGCAUGAUGAAGGCAUGUGCCAGACCUGACUCUGAGGAAAAGGUGGCGGUAGAUGACGUGAACACUCUUGCCUGCUCUAUCAUGGAGGAGCUGAAGAAAAGGUGCCAGUACCUGGAGUGCUCUCUGGACUCCUCAGUGUCGGUCCCGAGGCCAGACUCCCCCUUGCAGGGCGCCUUUGCAGUGGCAGUUCGCCCCAAAUCCCGCCGGCAGGACAAGCCAAGCAGCCCUGCCACUGACAGCCUCCUCCAGCCGAGCCGCAUGGGUGUGCCCAUCACAGAUGAUGCUGCCAUGGGCGUGGUCCGGGGCCUGCUGAGAAUCAGCAAACAGAAGGCCAGUGAGGAUGUCCACACAGAAUCAUCUGAUAGAGGCCUGGCACUUACAAGAGACAGACUGGCUGCAAUGUCUGCAGGGCAUCGACAGCGCGGAGGGGGUACACCUGUUGCGCCAUUGCUUGAGAGGCAGCUCAGGAGGUCUGCAGAGUCAGUCAGCUCCCAGAGCGUGCAAAGAUUGUCAAAGCUCUCUUGCUCCGACAAGAGAUUCCAGGUGUUUGGGACCAGUCCAGAUGAAAAAUGCAUCAUGGGUUUUAAUGGCUUGAUCACUAACAUUUUGUGGAAGGCCAAUGAUCUUCUGCUUUCUGUAGCUGAGGAGUUCUACAAGAAGAAGGAUCGUCGGCCAGUCACACGACCACAGCAUCUACAGGAGACAUUUGAGCAGUGUGCUGAGGAGAUAAACAAGAGGCUUCUGAUCUAUCAGAGCCAAACACGGGAGUAUCACAAUGGCUGCCUGCAAGACUUUAAGGAGCAGCUGAGCCGUUCUGAGGAGCACCUGUCCCAGGUUCCCAUGCUACUGCUCUCACACCUUGGGGAACAGCACCUGGAGCAGCUAAGCCAAGACACUGUCCAGAUCUACCACAGCCUGGAGCUUGUCCAGUGUGGGAGUGAGAACAGAAAGAGGGAGCACAGCAAGCAGUUGUGUGUGCGCUUGGGACACCCUGCCCACGAGGAGGAGCUGAAGAGCCUGUGUGUGGUUGAGGAGAACAGACAGGUCGAGCAGGACAACACCAUCCACCGGUUCAAGCUUGAACUGCAGGCAUGUGUGAGGAAACACGGUGAGGAGUUUGUUGCCAUGGUGGCCUCAGCAACAGAAAAACUCCUCUUUCAGAUGGACAAUCUCCUGACUGUUGAUGAGGUCCAGGCUGGUCAAACUAAGAAGGAAACCCUCGCUAUGCUAAUUCGUCAGAAAGAAUCUGGAGUUUUAUUGAAGGAGAAAGAGCCCCAGAUACAGAGAGGAAUCAGGACCUGGCCAGGGGUGUGUUACUUUGAGACAGAGGGUGACGAGACUGUGGGAAAUACCUGUAGAAAAACGGCUUCAGUCACUACAGUCAAAACCACGCUGGGUCACCUGGCCACACAUGAAGCACGGGACGUCGUUUACCAGCGUUACAGGCAACGGUAUGAGGAGGAGCUAGCUCGGGCAGAAGAGGAGAGCGGCACACAAAUGAAGCAGGCUGAACGCUGGAAACAGCACUGGAAACACUCAGUGGAGACCCUCAUCAAGUUGUACUCUUUGUGAACCUGUGGAGGACUGGGCUCAACCAUAAACACACACAAACACACACACACACACACACACACCGUUCCCUGGAGUAAUAACACUGUAUAAAGUGUUUUUCUAAGAUUUAUUUAUGGACCUUUUCAUUAUCACUAGCACUGCAUAAGCGUAAUGCAUUCAUUGCAUGUUUUAAGUCACAUGUACUUUUCAGAAAUAGAACCAAAAUGAAAGUUCAGAAACACAACUUUGCAUGAACAAUCAAGACUAUUAAAAAAAAAAGGUCUUAAACACUUAACAGCAAGCUGCACCAUUGUCUCACUGGUGCAGUGAACCGUGAGAUUGAAAUGCAGUGAGGGUACCAUCUGCAGGUCCUUACAAUGUGGAGUCAAUGGUCUGCUCACUGCCUGGGCAGCAGUGCAAAAGUGGUUGACAGAUGUGAUUAAGAGGAAAACUAAUAUGGAAUUGAGAAUUUAUUUUAUUGAUCAUGGAGGCAAUAUGUGUAGUAGGGCCAUGUACUGGUUUACUAGCCAAAACAAAUAUUGUGGUGAAAUUAGCAAUAAACCUUUUGCAAAACAUUCAGGAUUAGGAUAAAUCACAAUAAAACUCCUUUAAAAAGCUGCAGUGGAUGACAAAGUUCAUUGAAAUUGUGUUUUACUGACAACCUUCCUUGUGAAUGUGUAUGGGUUUGCCGUGCUGUUUCCUUUUACCUUCUGGUUUUGAGUAUCGGGACCACUUACUGACCACAUGCAAAAGAAUCGGGUUAGGAUCAGAGGUCAGGAAAGUUGUGGAUAACGCUCUAUCAACAGUUUGUAAAAUGAGACGGUGUGAAUAUAUAUAAAUGCUGUUACUGAUCAA